UACCGUACAUGGUAGUUUGCGCCGGCUAGUGCCAUAUCACGUCUUUCUUGCAUAUCAUGAUUACACAGCUCUAACUGAAUUGUGCUCCGAGUCUUAGCUUGACCAACAAGACGUCGAUGGGAUCAAUCAAUCCUCCAUUCGUGGUCUUUGGGUACGGCUCACUGAUAUUCAAGCCCCCACCUCAUGUCCAAUCCCAGACCUCCGGAUUCCUUAAAGGCUACGUGAGGCGCUUCGCUCAAAAAUCGCAUGAUCAUCGUGGCACACCGGAGAAUCCGGGACGUGUGGUAACUCUUAUCCACAAGGAGGAUUGGGAUCGCCUUUCCCGGUCUGAUGCAUUCCCGGAUGAAGAUAUUGUUUGGGGCAUAGCGUAUACGAUCGACCCAGCAUACGAGACAGAAGUUAGGGAUUACUUGGAUUACAGAGAAAAGGAUGGAUAUACAAUGGAGACGCUGAAUGUCUACACCAUAGAGAAUGGUAUAGAAAAGAUUGCAAUUUACGAUGCUUAUUGCUAUGUCGGUCGGCCAGAUAACCCGUCAUUUAUUGGUUCAGAACUAUUAGAGGACCUGGCACAGCGGAUAUGGGCCUCCGUGGGACCCUCGGGACAGAAUAAGGAGUAUCUCUAUCGUCUGGCGGAAUCAGUUCGCCAGCUUGCGCCAGCAUCGUAUGACUCGCACUUGUUUGCUCUAGAGGAAAGACUACGAGAGCUCGACCGAUCUGCAAGUGAAGAUCACUAGUCAGCUAGUGGAUUUGAUCAUUAGAUAUUACCAAGAUGAAUGAAGCACCAUUCAUCUACAUACCUCAGAUACACUGGUAGCCAAAUAUAUAGCACGCAUACAACAUCUCCUCCUCCUCAGAGAGGCUUGGCGUUAGGUGGAAGAGUUUGUGAUCUCAGAUGGCAGCUAGGAAUUGGUGCCAUCACCUCCACCUCCUGGCCUUCAUGUUCCGCAGUCACGGUAAUCUCUUGCACUUCUAAUUGCAGUGCCGCUUCGAGCGCGCUGAGAGUGGAGUCUCGACGAAGGGAGCUCAUCUUUCCACCGCCAAUUCUAUCGCAACCUGCAUCGGAUGAAUUGUGAUACAGUAUAAUUUCAAAAGUUCAC